AUGCAUUCGCCAUCUAGUGGCGACAGCAACUCCCCGUCUCCCGAACUCGCAUCUGACGGUCCCUCCGCAAACGCGUCUCCCAUCUCCGCCGCCACCUCACUAUACAUCUCCCAGGCCUCGGAUGAGGGCGAGUCCACCGGCAACCAGAGCUCGCGAGGCACGCCGACGCGCUUCAUGUCUGAUCUGACGCGCUCAAAUUCGACUGGCAAGGGCGGAUGCUGGACAUGUCGGGUUCGACGCAAGAAAUGCGACGAAGAGCGCGAGGGCGACUCCUGCAAGACGUGCGUCCGCCUCCGCAUAAAGUGCCUCGGCUGGGGCCCCAAGAGGCCCGACUGGAUGCGGGACAAGGAAAAGGUCGCCGCAUACAAGGCGGACAUCAAGGAGCAGCUCUCGCGCAUGGGCCUCAUCCGCGGGCAGCCGCGCCAGCCGUGGCACACCGGCCUCGCAUCCGCGUCGCAGCCCCCGACGCCAGGCGUCGCCGGGCCCGGGCCCACGACGCCAGGCGUCGCCGGGCCCGGGCCCACGACGUCCGGGCACCGCGGACGUAACCUUCUCGGUGUUUCAUGGCCGCUGACUGGGGUUCUUGCAGGGCCCGACCGUCACCCACAUAACCACCCCGCGGGCCCGUCAUCGUCAGCCCGCGCGAGCCAGAUGUCCCCCAUGGUCACCUUCCUGCCCACCCCGACUAGCGCGUCCAUGUCCGACCCCCUCUACGGCUUCGGCCAGUCAGCAUCGUCGAUAUCGCUGCCAGGGGGCGACGACUCACACUACUUUAUGCCCUCACAAGGCCUCAGUGUCUCAGUGCCGUCGACGCCACAGCCAUCGAUCCGCCAGGAGGAGUAUAUCGCGUACUAUUUCAAGAAGGUCCGAGAACUGCAGUUUGUGUUCUGCGGCGAUACGCUCGCAAACAUCUUGUAUCCUAUCAUCCAACAAGAACCGAACGGCGUCGUCGCGCUCACGCUGUGUGCGCUCGCGGCGCUCCACCACGCGCGGCUACGCAUGGCGCAGGGCGCAGACCCAAUCGCAGAGGAUCCAGACCACGAGAACGCGCUGCCGCGACAGUUCUACGACCGUGCGCUGUACGGGCUCGUGCACGCCCCACAGACAAACGGCACCGGGCAGUAUUCGGACUCGGAUGCGAUCGCAGCCGUGCUGCUCAUCUCGUACGCCGUGCUCGGCGGCGGGACCAUGGACUGGGCGACGCCGCUCGAGUACGCGUGCGAGUGGCUGGGCCAGACCGGGAUCUACAACGAAGAGAACCCGAAAUUGACGUUGUUGAACAUGUCCGCCACCGCGCGUUUCGCCGCGAAGGGGAUCAUGUAUAUUGAUGUCUUGGCGAGCAUCACGCUCAAGCAGCCACCACGCUUCCUGUCGCUGUACAAGCGGCUGUUCGGGGGUGGCGCCGGCUUCUGGGCGAACACCGCGAGCCCAGCGCAGAACGCCGAGCUGCGCAUGGAUGGGCUUACGGGGUGCCCCAACGACGCCCUGCUCGCCUUGGCCGAAAUCUCCGCACUGGCGCACUGGAAGGCGUCAGAGCUGCAAAACGGAAGCUUGAGCGUGCGCGAGUUGAUCCGACGGGGCGACAUUAUCGAGAAGGAGCUCCGGGAGCGUGCGACGGGCUUGCGCGCAGAAGAGGACGAGUAUCAGAGCCAGGCAGCGGCACUAGCAGGCUUGGAUAUGUCGCCCGCAGGUCUUCCGAUGGCGAUGGGCCUUCCGCAUGUCCAGCCAGGAAUGUCGGGUGCAUCGAGGUCGCCUAGAGCACAAGCAGACGCUUCCAAGCACAUUAUCGGAGAGAUGUUCCGCGAGACAGCCGUCUUGUACCUGCACACUGUCCUCAGUGACUCCUCGCCAGGUGUCCCAGAGAUUAUGAACGGCGUCGAGCAAAUGAUGAAGCUUUUGAACGAGCUGCGGCCGUCGCCGUACGAUCGCGCGCUCGUGCUCCCUCUCUUCCUCGCCGGUUGCAUGACAAACAAUCAGAUGAUGCGCGAGGUGGUCAAGCAUCGUUUCUUCAUGCAAGAUGCGACGAUGGGCAACGUCCUCCUCGCGCAGACGGUGAUGGAGCAGAUCUGGCUCCAUCGCGAAACCGUCAACCGGAUGCAGCGUCCCGGCGACCGGUCGGCGGUCAUGGGCGACUGGCGUGACGGCCUCCGCAUGGAGUGGGCGAGCCUCCUCCUGAUAUGA